AUGCCUCGCGACGGAUCUGGAGCUUCUGACAACGCCGGCGAGGCAACCCAUGACAUUGUCCACGGUGUCGGCGAGAUCAAGGACCCCCACGUCGACCGCGCCGACAAGACCGCACCCCUCCCCGAGGUCGAAAAGGGUCUCGCCAUCGAGGGCCUGUCCGCCAGCGGAGGUUCGAGCCAGGGUCUCGCCAAGGGCGACAGUGCCGGUCAGGGUGGCAGGUCCAACUAA